AUGAGAAGAUUCUCAUAUGAGCCUCUCCAAUCCAACCGAGCCAUUAGACUGGUCAAGUUCCUACCCGGUCCCAUUCCAAUCUGCAAGAUAGUCACAGUCGAGGUAGAGAAAGCCCCGCAAUAUGUGGCGCUGUCGUACACAUGGGGAUGCAAGAAUCUAUCAAGAGUUAUCCUUGCGAAUGGCGCCGAGAUUCAUAUUACUGCAAACUUAGCCGAGGCUAUUGAUGCCAUUUUCAUCUUCGCAAGAGAAAGAAACAUGAUGUUCUGGGCAGACUCGAUAACGUAUAUGGCAAGCGAGUCGCCCACCCCACCAACUUUGAUCGCCUUUGAAGCGUGCAACUCAACCACCUUUUAA